AUGGUAACACCAUUCAUAUGGACAUCCAGUGCCAUGAAUGCUACUGUUGGCGAUGUCCGGCAAAAAAUUGUAUUUCUCCAAGACUUUGCUGGUGGCGGUGGACAACAGUUUGGUUUAGACUACCGAUCGUUUGACACUCAGGAUGACUAUGAAGUGAAAACUAUUUUCAAUUUAUAUGAAAAAUGGUUAAAAGUUAAGCGACAACUCAUGAAUGCCAACAAACGUAAUGUCGAUUCGUUUUACAUAAACUAUUUGUCGGGUCGGACACCGCAAAUGGCCCGAAUGCCGUUGCUUGUGAUGCCCUACUUUGUAGCCGGCGGUCGGUCCGAUCACCGAACCAAUUCACCGCUUAUGUUAACCGGACGGACAACUUUGAUCAAUAGGGAUGUCUUCCCUGACUUUCCUCGAGUCUAUUGUUUGGGCAGUUUUUGUUUGGUCGCCUUCGAGGGAACCAACGAUUUAACAUUGAAUUUCAUACAAAAUGAAAGACCAAACUAUGUCGGCAUACUUAUGAUGGACUUUCCCGGCGAUGCCCUAAUCGAUGCAAUUAUUAGACUCAAUAGAUCUAUUGAUAAGACAAUUGGCGACAAAAAUCUACAAUUAUUGUCAUCAAAUGAAACUAUUCAUCAAAUAUCUAAUGAUUCACUUUAUAAAUAA